ACGGGUCUGGUGAUGACGGUGUGGGACCGCUUGUUCUUCUUCACGCUCGGGGGGAACCUGAUGUGUCAGCUGCGGGAUGGUCCUGGAUAUGGACAACUGUUCUGUCAUGACCAUCGAGUGUGAGGAGCGCCGCUACUGCUUCCAGAUCACUUCACCCAACGGCAGAACCUCUCUGAUUCUUCAAGCUGAGAGUAAGAAGGAAUAUGAAGAGUGGAUUUGCACCCUCAACAACAUUUCCAGACAGAAUUAUCUAACCGACAAGCCUGAGGUUGCAUCAGACGGCUCUGCAGGCUGUGACGCCCAUCACCAGCUUUGAGAAGCGAGCUGAGGGUUCUCCUAAAACCGACCGGUACUAAUAUUUCAUGAUGAUUAAACAUUCAUGCAUUUCUGAUUUGAUAUGAGGCAGCAUACAUUUCUGAAUUUAGCUGACGCUUUUAUCCAAAGCAACUUACAGUGCAUUCAGGCUAUACAUGUAUAUAUUUUUUAUAUUAUCAGUAUGUGUUCCCAGGGAAUUGAACCCAUGACCUUUUGCGCUGCCAAUGCAAUGCUCUACCACUGAGCCACAGGAACACUAUAGUUUAUUCAAAAGUUUUAAUAGAUCUUUCUGAGCCACUGUUUAAAAUCCACUGUUUUUCUCCUCCAUAGAGUGACACCAGGCGGUGUGUCCUCCAGAGAGCCUCAGAAACCCCUCGAGCCUGAGGAUCUGAUCGUCCCGGGAAGACCAAUCCAGUUUGACAUUUGUUUUCUGUCAGACGCACAAACCCCGUUGGUGAGGAGGAAGAUGGAGGAAGAUGAUGAUGAUUCAGACACACACGGACCCUGAAGCUCUGGCUCAGCUCCUGAAGUCGAUGCCGGACCAGACGAGCUGGACUCAGAGGCCUGAUCUGAAAACAACACACACAAACACACUCACUCCUCGCAGCUCCAGACAGACUACUGAAGGAAAAACAACCGGUGAUCGAGUGAACACGCUCAUUCGUUUACCACUUACCUAAUUUUAGAUGCUUCUGAGGAAGGAUCAAGCCUUUUUUUGUAACCUUUCAGUUUGAACACAUUAGACAUGGUUUUACAAGUUCAAGGAAUAAAUCACCCAAAAAUUAACCUUUCUACCGUUUCCUCAGCGAAUGACAGAUGCUCAGUCAAGAGUACUGCAUGACUCUGUAUAUAGAGCUUGAGUGCUGUCCACAGUUCAACAGAGUAAAUUACUGUUUCAGUUUCAUUGUGUGGAAAAGUUGUUCAUUUUUUGGGUGUACUGUCACUUUAAGGCAAGAGUCUUAUUGAUUCCGUUAGCAACGUGAUUGUCAUUUACACUUCAUUAGAGUUUAAAAUUGUUUCCUAAUGUCAGAUGUUUUAGCUUUUUAAAGGAUAAUUUAUGCUGUUGAUUAUGAUACUGGAAAGGUUUAGAAAACUCACACUUCGUUAUCACCUCCAUGAAACCUGAACAUUUGCACUUUCUUUCUUCCUGUUGCCUCUGAAAUGUUAAAUGCUGAUUUUCAUAAGCAUCAAGCUGCCAUGACACUUUAAUUGUGAUGCUGUUUAUAAUUACGUCUUGCAAAGCCUGUGUGAAAACCAAUUUGCAUACUAGCAAUGAUUUAGGAUGCAGUUUUAAAAUAUGCAUUCAUGAAUGCUAAUACUGCUUCAGAAAAUACUUUUGUGGCGUUUUUGGUAAAAUUUCAAAUGUAUGCACAAAUGUUAAGGGAUAGUUUUCCAAGAAAUGAACAUUUGCUGAAAAUGUGUUCACCUUCAGGACAUCCAAAAUGUAGAUGAGUUUGUUUCUUUAUCAGAACGGAUCUGCAGUCGUUUUAACUGUUGAAAUCCAAGUUCCUGAAAGAUGUUUACAAAUCUCGUUUACUUUGUGACCAUUUCUAACUUCCUUUAUGAGUCCUGAGAACAAAAUCUGAAAAUUAAAUAGUUUAUUUUACACAUCUCCUAGCCUGUGUGGAGAAAAGCGUCUGUGCACACAUCACGACAGGAAACACUGCACCGCAUCACUACAGAGCAAAACAGAUUUGAGUUUGUCACUGCAAAACAGCUAAGAGCAAUCGUAAUCGAUGGCUUUGGUUAUAGACACACUGACACGACACUAAAGCAGCAGGUCAGAGGUCACUCAAGAGUCUUUGUAGUAGUUAUUGAGGUUGAUCCGCAACAGGAAGUCCUCCAGAUGGGGCUGAUAACCUUUAUCCACCAGUUUGGUCACCACUGCAGAAAAUACAAGCAUAAAUACAGUCAUUCAACAUUUAUUUUUUAAUGCUAAUAUAUAUAUAUAUAUUUUAAUGAUUUUCAAACUGUAAAACAGCCUCUUUAUAAACAUUAUUUUGAACUACUAUUAAAAUAUGACUGAUCAAAUUUACAGACUUGUUGCGUAGUGAUGAUGUUAAAUUAAGUUGCUGUAUACAAGAACUCUUGACUGACAUUAAUAAAAGAGUUCAAGAACAGAUCAAAUACUACAGAGGAGUAGGAUAUAGAUCCUUUAGAGCCGUUUCAUUACAGGUCUGAGCAUCCUGAUGCUACAUUUGGCGUGCAUGAAUCUCUGAACAAGCUGCAUUUGUGAUGACUUUGUUGGCAACCAUGCAGUAUUUAUUUAGCCAGGUUUUUCAAAGACCGCACCAUCUGCUUAGUUUCACAGCGGCUCCUUUUAUUGAGCAUAUGACAGCAGUAAUAAAGAGAGAGUGUCAUGUGGUUGGUGCUUUAAUUCUCCACCAAAAAAGAUGCCAAUUGAUUUUACAAGUCUGAAUUAUAAAGGAGAUGCUCGAUAGUGUGGAUGGGCUGAACAUGAUAAAUCUGUUGUAAUGUUCUGCACAGAUUGCCAGGCUUUUCAAGAAAAAGGGUAUGAAUUUACAGUUAUAGACAUGUAUAUUUUCCAGGAAUUAAUUGCAGAUCAUGCUAAUAAAUAAAAUAAAUGCUAAUAAAUUA